GCUCCAUUUGCGUUUAGAAAUCCUCACCUUAACCCUAACGCCUCAAUAACCUCUCCUUCCCCCACAAAACUUCCACCCAACCCCUCCUUUACCCCCACCGUCCUCGCUGCCUCGAAUUCCGCCAUGGCUGACCGUUACUCAUUCUCCCUCACCACCUUCUCCCCAAGUGGAAAGCUCGUGCAGAUAGAAUACGCCUUGAAUGCCGUCAACCAGGGUGUCACCUCUCUAGGUAUCAAAGCUACUAAUGGCAUCGUCCUCGCAACCGAGAAGAAGUCCUCAUCGCCGCUUAUCGACUCCCAAUCUUCUUCCAAGGUCAGCCUCAUAACACCCAACAUUGGAAUGGUCUACUCAGGAAUGGGUCCGGACUACCGAGUUCUCGUCGACAAGGCCCGCAAGGUAUCGCACACCGGCUACAAGCGCGUCUACAACGAGUACCCACCCACGAGGAUAUUGGUGCAGGACGUUGCUCGCGUAAUGCAAGAGGCUACCCAAUCAGGUGGUGUGCGUCCCUACGGAGUCAGUCUCCUAAUAGCAGGUUGGGAUGAUGGCAUUGAGCCUGAGACUGAGAGCAAGGAAGCCGAAGCAGCAGAUCCGGAGAAGAAGAAGCCCACCGGCAAGACGGGCGGCAUCCUCAAGGGCGGUCCAAGUUUGUACCAGGUCGAUCCUAGCGGUAGCUAUUUCCCAUGGAAGGCGACGGCGAUCGGUAAGAGCGCGACUAGUGCGAAGACGUUCCUUGAAAAGAGGUAUACGGAAGGAUUGGAGCUAGAAGACGCCAUCCACAUCGCUCUCCUUACGCUAAAGGAGACGAUAGAAGGCGAGAUGAAUGGCGAGACAGUAGAGAUUGGCAUUGUCGGCCCACCAGAGGAAAGGUUACUUGGGUUCGAGGGAGUGGAGGGAGCCCAAGGCCCAAGGUUCAGGAAGCUGAGCCCGCAAGAAGUUGAGGAUUACUUGACGAAUCUGUAGGGCGGGACAUCCGCAGCGGUAUAAGUGGUACUAUUUGGUAACUCAUCAAGCUCAAUAGAGUGGCUCUGGCGUCGACAAAAGUCUGUCCUUGGACCGUCAUCAUAAUUUCGGAAAUGCGUGACUAUGAGGUCUCCGUAGACUUCACUUCCGUGGUGGUCACACGAUCAAAUGGAGGGUGAAAAUGGAGGCUUCGUAGAAACGGCUUCGCGUUUCCAACGUGGUAUUUGAUAGAUCAAUUUUAUUAUC